UCUACUCUUCAGGCCACCGCUUCCACCCAAUAAACCGGCUGCCGUCUAGUCGCCGGCCGCAACCGACGCAGACAGCAGCCGGAAUAAUAUAUAUCAGCAGCCAUGGGUGCCUGCGCCAGCAAGCCCAAGACCGUCGAGGGCAAGGUCCCCCAGGAGGAGGCCGCCGCCCAGCAGACACCCAAGGUUGCACCCGACACCACCACCGUCGUCUCCGCUGAUCAGGUUGCGGCUGAUCAGACACCGGAGAAGGCUGAGGCGACGACUCCCGAGCCGGCGAUCCAGAUCAAGGAGGAGGAAGUCGUCCAAGAGAAGAUCGUCGUCGAGGAGGAGAAGCCCACAGCUAGCCCCGUCGUGGUCGAGGAGGAGAGCGCCGCCCCCGCAGUAGCCGAGGCGGCUGAGGAAAAGCCUUCGGCGGCCACCGUCGUCAUUGAGGAGAACACCACGGAGGCGAUCAUCAAGAACGUCGCGGAGGAGAACGGCAACGAGGAGAAGACGACAACGCAGCAGAGCUGA